AUCUAACGUAGUCUAUUGUGAUUGGAUCCCGAUAUACCAUAGUCUAGUACUAAAUUGCUUUCGAUAGUCUAGUAUAGCGGACGACAUUCGGAACUAUCUCUCGUUAGUUCUACAACUUGUGAUCACGAAGGAGAAAACAAAGCAAGUCAAUCCCAAGCUUURACUCAGUGCAAUCAUGAGCCGUCUAAUCAUCGUGUUCAUUGUCGUUACAAUGAUAUGCGCAGCCACUGCCCUGUCGACGAAGAGGAGAAUCAAUAAAGAAGAAAAAGAAGAAAAAAGAGUCGUAGCCGUGGCUGGCGCCAUUAUUAAAGGUGCAACCCUGACCUUCAACGUCCUGCAGACCGUGCUCAAAGCACUCGGUGACAUCAGUCGAAAGAUUGCCGUCGGUGUCGACAACGAGUCGGGCAUGACGUGGACCGCAACUAACACGUACUUUCGUUCUGGUACCUCUGAUAUCGUCCUUCCCUAUAAAGUUCCACAUGGUAAGGCACUGCUCUACAACGGUCAGAAAGAUCGUGGUCCAGUUGCGACUGGCGUGGUUGGAGUACUUGCUUAUGCCAUGAGCGAUGGAAACACCCUGGCCGUUUUAUUCAGCGUUCCCUAUGACUAUAACUGGUACAGCAACUGGGGGAAUGUCAGGAUCUUUAAGGGAAGGAGGCGAGCAGACCAGAGGAUGUACGAGCAACUCUACUACUAUUUGUCUCCAUUUCGAGGGGACAAUGGCUGGCACGAAAGGCACCUUGGAUAUGGGUUGAAGAGCCGUGGAUUCAUGAACAGCGGUGGACAAGCCAUACUGGAAAUUCACGUGACCAAAGCUUGAGAUCUUGUUGAAAACAAAUCGGUUGAAAUGCUGCCUCGAGAAUACUGAUGUAAAACUAGCAAAAAGACUCUAAUUUUACCCUGUAAGAACAAGAAAACUAGAUCUUCCCAUAACAUAAAGACAAAUAAAAUGAAGCACCAAAAGA